AUCGUUUUUUCCAUUCUUAAAGCUCCCUUAGCACUAAACACUCAAAAAGUUUAGAAAACAAUGGCGGAGGGAAGAGGCAGUGCAAUGGCUAUCACUUUGUUGCUUUGCCUGUUCUUCAUCCACUGUGAGAUGGCUCAGGCUAAGUAUUACUUUGUUGGAGGUUCCAAAGGAUGGACCUUUAAUGUUACUAACUGGACUAAGGGAAAGACUUUCCGUGCUGGUGACGUUCUUGUAUUCAACUAUCCAGCAAUGGCACACAACGUGGUGGCGUUGAAGAACAGAGUGGCUUACAAUUGGUGCCUAAAAACAAGAGACGCAAAGGUUUACCAAACAGGAAAAGACAGAAUCAGGCUUGUCGAAGGAUACAACUAUUUCAUCUGCAGCUACCCUGGCCACUGCAGGGCUGGCAUGAAGAUCGCCAUUAAAGCUCGCAAGAAACUUUUAUAAUUAAUAAGCUGAUUCCUAUAUGAAUUAGUUCUUAAUUAAGGCUUUGUUUCUUUUCUAAUGUUGGAAAGUGUGCUUGUGUUCUUGUUGUUCUGAGAUUAGAAGAUGUUUAAUUAUGUGUUUUGGUGACCUGCAUUUUUGCGAGAAAUGCGGCCACAUCUAUGGAAGGGGUAUUGAAUGUCUAAGGAGUUUUGAUGAGUUGUUUGAUGAGCUCUCAAAACGUGUAAGCCAGGAAGAAUA